AUGGUGCGAGCUCACACUUCCUCAGCACCACACUCCGCCCUCGUGCUUACCUCCGGCCGCUCCCACCCAGCCAGCCCCAGCCCGCCGGGGCCCCCGGCCAGCCCGGUGCUGCCGAUCAGCUACCGGCUGUCCCACACGCGGCUGGCCUUCUUCCUGCGGGAGGCGCGGCCCUUGCCAUUCACAGCCUCUCCUGACCACCGUGGGGUCUUUCUUCUGUCUGUCGUCCGCGCCCGGGUGCCCGCCUCGCAGCCCGUGGCCCAGGUGCUGUUCUACGUAGCCGGCCGGGACUGGGACGACUUCGGCGUCACCGAGCGGCUGCCCUGUGUCCGCCUGCAUGCCUUCCGAGACGCCUGGGAGGUCAAGAGCUCCUGCCGCCUCAGCGGGGCCCUGGCCGCCUGUCUGGGGGCUGGGGCCGGAGUGGGGGCCCGGGCGGAGAGCCCCACCCAGCACCCGCUGCUGCGCGUAGGGAGCAUCAGCCUGUUCCGCCCGCCCCCCAGGAGGACCCUGCAGGAGCACAGGCUGGACAGCAACCUGAUGAUCCGCCUGCCCGACCGGCCCCUCAAGCCGGGGGAAGUGCUCAGCAUCCUCCUCUACCUGGCCCCCAACUCCUCCUCCCCCUCCCGCCCCAGCGUGGAGCAUUUCACACUCAGGGUGAAGGCCAAGAAGGGCGUGACCCUUUUAGGCACCAAGUCACGGAGUGGCCAGUGGCACGUGACCUCGGAGCUGCUGACUGGGGCAAAGCACUCAACGGCCACCGUGGAUGUGGCCUGGGCCCUGGGCUCACCCCUGCCCCCGUGGGAGGGCCAGGGGCCCCUGGAGAUCCUGCAGCUGGACUUUGAGAUGGAGAACUUCACCAGCCAGUCGGUCAAGCGGAGGAUCAUGUGGCACAUCGACUACCGCGGCCAUGGUGCUCUGCCCGACCUGGAACGGGCGGUCACCGAGCUGACGGUCAUCCAGCGGGAUGUGCAAGCCAUCCUGCCCCUGGCCAUGGACACCGAGAUCAUCAACACGGCCAUCCUGACUGGUCGGACGGUGGCCAUCCCUGUCAAGGUCAUUGCCAUCGAAGUGACCGGCCUCGUCCUAGAUGUCUCUGCCCUGGUGGAAUGUGAGUCUGACAAUGAGGACAUCAUCAAGGUAUCCAGCAGCUGUGACUACGUGUUUGUUAGCGGAAAGGAGUCUCGCGGGUCCAUGAAUGCCAGGGUCACCUUCCGCUACGACGUCCUCAGUGCCCCCCUGGAAAUGACAGUCUGGGUCCCCAAGCUGCCCCUGCACAUCGAGCUCUCGGACGCCCGCCUCAGCCAAGUGAAGGGCUGGAGGGUACCCAUCCUCCCCGACCGGAGGUCAGCCCGGGAGAGCGAGGACGAGGACGAGGAGGAGGAGGAGCGGCGGCAGAGCAGCAGCCGCGGCUGUACCCUGCAGUACCAGCAUGCCACGCUGCAGGUCUUCACCCAGUUCCACACGACCUCGUCCGAGGGCACCGACCAGGUGGUCACCAUGCUGGGCCCGGACUGGCUGGUGGAGGUCACCGACCUGGUCAGCGACUUCAUGCGGGUGGGUGACCCCCGCGUGGCACGCCUGGUAGACAGCAGCACGCUGGCAGGCCUGGAGCCGGGCGCCACCCCCUUCAAGGUGGUGUCCCCACUGACGGAGUCUGUGCUCGGGGAGACGCUGCUGACCGUGACAGAGGAGAAGGUCAGCAUCACACAGCUGCAGGCCCAGGUGGUGGCCAACCUCGCCCUCUCCCUACGGCCAAGCCCCGGGAGCAGCCACACCAUCCUGGCCACCGCCGCUGCCCAGCAAACCCUCAGCUUCCUCAAGCAGGAAGCCCUCCUGAGCCUCUGGCUCUCCUACAGUGACGGCACCACAGCUCCACUCUCCCUCUACAGCCCCCGGGACUAUGGGCUGCUGGUGAGCAGCCUGGACGAGCGGGUGGCUACGGUGACCCAGGACCGGGCCUUCCCGCUGGUGGUGGCUGAGGCAGAGGGGGCAGGGCAGCUGCUCCGCGCGGAGCUCACCAUCGCUGAGAGCUGCCAGAAGACCAAGCGCAAGAGCGUCCUGGCUAUGACCCCCGUGGGCCUGCGGGUGCACUUUGGGCGGGAGGAGGAGGAUCCCACCUACGACUACCCAGGCCCCAGCCAACCGGGGCCGGGUGGGGGCGAGGACGAAGCCCGGGGAGCCGGCCCUCCGGGCACAGGGAUGGCCCCACCCGAGGCUCCGGGGCCAGUCACCGCCAGCCCAGCGGUGCCACCCACAGAAGAUUUCCUGCCGCUGCCCACGGGCCCCCAGCGGGGGCUGACGGACCUGGAGAUCGGCAUGUACGCGCUGCUGGGCGUCUUCUGCCUCGCCAUCCUCGUCUUCCUCAUUAACUGCGUGGUCUUCGUGCUGCGCUACCGGCACAAGCGCAUCCCGCCCGAGGGCCAGACCAGCACGGACCACUCCCACCACUGGGACGGCUCCUCGGGCGGCUCGGCCCGGGCCCAGGCCGAGGACCCCGCCAGCUCGCCCACGUCCAAGCGCAAGCGGGUCAAGUUCACUACCUUCACCACGCUGCCCACGGAGGAGCUGGCCUAUGACUCGGUGCCCGCCGGCGAAGAGGAGGAGGACGACGAAGAGGACCUGGGUUGGGGCUGCCCGGAUGUGGCCAGCACCACGCGGCCUGCUGCACCCCCGAACUACAUGCGCAGAAACAAAGAGAUGGCGUAGAGGCGCCGUCCCCCGGGGGGUGGGCUCCGUGUGGGACAGGGCCAGGACCCCUGCUCGCCCGGGCUGCUGGCGGUGGACGUGGAUGUUAAAGGCCCUGUCCCUGCAGCUUUGCUCUCUGCAGGCGCCGCCUCCCUCACCGGCCCCCACCCCAGCUGCCUCACAGGGUUCCCUCUCUGCUGCAGCAGGUGGAGGGCCCCUUUGGGAGCUCGCUAGGAGGAGGCAAGCCCCGCCCUCCUACCUUUUCCAAACCUCCUCCCAUCCGAGACAGCCUGCCCCAGGAGGCCAGGAGGCCCCGCUCUGUGAGCCGCCCCUGCCUCCCACAUCCCCGGGGUCCCCCCUGUGCUGGGGGGUUCUGUGGGGUCUUGUGUCACAAGCUGCACAAAGACUUUUCUCAAACCACUAUUCAGGGAUUUCUGUCCUGCAGGGCGGGGAGGCAGCAGCUGCCUGCCCUGCCGAGGAUCUUGCUGUGGACAAAACUUUGGGGAGGUUGGGGGACACGUGUAGCAUCUUCUGGCUUUCUGGGACCUCCCAGCCCCUUCCUAGGACCUGGGAGCAGACCCCAGAGGGGUCUGUGGCCAAGCCAGGCACCUUCCUAAGAGCCCAGGACUCCCUCCUCUGCCCCCAAGGGCUAUAGAAGUGGCCGAAAGGGGGAGGAGUCUUCAGCCCACCCCUGGCCAAGCCACAGCCCAGAGCACCAUGGUCUGGGUGGGCCCAGGAAGGCCUGCCCCACAGCAAGGCCAGCACUCCGCCUUAGCCCCUCCAGCUCUGCUGGCCUCUCCUCCCUGCUCUACAGGGGCGACCACCCAUCCCCCCAGGAAAUGGAAUCCGGUGGGAAUGGAGGGGGGCACCCACCGAGGAAGCUGUGAAGGACCUGGGGAUGGGCAAGGCCGAGGGAGCGGGCGUCUCCCUACCCCAUCUCACAGCCACUUUCCUCUCGGGUUCUACCACCACUGUGUCGGGUUUUUUCUUAAAUAAAUGGAGGCGACCAGAUUGGAGGUGGGGGCAGCAGCUCCCAGAGUACAGACA